AUGUCCUAAGACUCCUAGUUCUAGUGUCUUUACGGGCCGCUAGCCACGAGCACGCGCGGCGCGGAGCCCUGGAAGCCGCGGUAGGGGCGGUAGCUCCUCAAACUGCAGCUGAAAGAGGCUUGCGAUUAAGCAGCAGUUUUGUCUUGUCGCACGCCGACGGGAAAGGAGUCGCCUGGGGCGCGGACACCGCCUCGUCUGGGACCAUGAAGCGCCUCCUCCUCGUCGUGGUCGGCGGCAGCGCCCUCGUCGCGCGACGCCCGACGACGAUGCGCGCGAUGCAACCAGAGGCGCGCGCCCUUCGGACGAGGAUCAAGACCCAAACUAAAAUAAAACGGACGCUCGUGACGUUAGGAAGGGUCGCGCUGCCGUCCAUGAUCGCCACGGGCCUCGGCUUUGAGUACUACGACAAUUUAAGCAGCUUCAUCCAGGCGAACUGGUUGGAUGCGAACUCCAUUAAAUUCUUGAGCAGCGACGAGAUUCAAUUUUUGCCGUCCUUUUUAACGGUGAUCUCGUUAUUAUUUUCCAUAUUGGCGGGGAGCGCGUACUCGAGCCUCUACGCGCAGCAGGAAGCUAUCUACUUCGCUCUGUAUGCCGAGGUCUCGGAAGCGAAGUCCCUGCUGGAGCAGAUGGCGCUGGUCUGCGCCGGCCGGCCCUUUUAUAGGGACGCGCUGCGGGCGAUGCGCGCCUACGUGAAGCAGGAUCUGAGGAGACUGGACGUCGCGCCCGCGGAUUUGAUGGCGCGGCCGCCGAACGAGGACCCCCUCGAGGCCAUCAUGUACCUCACUUCUGUUGGGGUCCCGUCCGUCGUCUACGAGACGGUGCGCGACCUGCGGCAGGCGCGGGGGAGGAGGUUGGGGGCGAUGCAGCGGAAAUUUCCCCGGCUCGGCAUCUUCCUCCUCUAUUUACUAGCGCUGCUGGAGCUGGCGGCGUUCCCGCUCCUGGGCGCGGGGACAACCAUCUCAGCGCCCUCGACGAUCUUACUGGUCCAGGGCGCGCUGUUCGGGGGGUCAGCGCCUGUGUGGAAAUCAACCAGUGUGUCGGGUGCUCAUUUCUCGGUGAUGACGCGGCCGUGUUGGCUCCGUCGAGCGGUGAGGAAGGGCAUCGCCACGCCAUCGAGCAAGCGUCGCGUCUAUGGCGUGGAGGACGACGCGACGAUCAAACGCGACGUAAAAUUUUGAUUUCCACACAGGUUGUGCGGCGCCACCACGUUGGUGUUACGCAUCAUCCAGGAGCUCUGGCGCACGUCGGGCGGCGCCUUCAACGUCGACGACGUGUUGCAGACCAUGGUGCGGGGGCUGGCGGACGAGCUCGACGGCCGGGCGGAGCGCCUCUCGGAGGACGCCUUUCCGGCGCCCGACGCCGCUCGGGGCCUGACGCCGGAGCAGCAGCGCGCCUUCGAGGCGCUCGACGCGGCGGACGCGGCGGCGCCGCGGAGGCGGUGGUGGCGGCGCGGAGGCGGUGGUAACGGCGGAAGUUAACUUGAAGUCAUAAA